CUUGUUCACGAAAAGCUCGCGCUGCAGAACGCCACCGCCACCACCGCAUCACCGAGCAAGCAACAGAGGCGCCGCCCGGCCCGUCUUCCUGGUCUUCCGUGCCCUUCCUCGCGGGCGGCGGACGCCACCCCACUCCCCAGCCUCGUGCCGCCGGAGCAAGGGCGACGGGAGAGGAGGGGAGUCCUGUGACGCCGGAGCGGCGAGGACGGCAUGGGGAGGUCCCCGUGCUGCGAGCAGGCGCACACCAACAAGGGCGCCUGGACCAAGGAGGAGGACCAGCGCCUCAUCGCCUACAUCAAGGCCCACGGCGAGGGCUGCUGGAGGUCGCUCCCCAAGGCCGCAGGGCUGCUGCGGUGCGGGAAGAGCUGCCGGCUGCGGUGGAUCAACUACCUGCGCCCGGACCUCAAGCGCGGCAACUUCACGGAGGAGGAGGACGAGCUCAUCAUCAAGUUCCACGAGCUCUUCGGCAACAAGUGGUCGCUGAUCGCCGGGAGGCUGCCGGGCCGGACGGACAACGAGAUCAAGAACUACUGGAACACGCACAUCAAGCGCAAGCUCCUCGCCCGCGGCAUCGACCCGCAGACGCACCGCCCGCUGGCCGCCGCCGCCGCCGGCGCGCCGGGCCAGCAGCAGCAGCAGCAUUACCAGCUGGAGGCGCAGAAGCGGCACGCCGGCGGCGCCGCUCCGGGCCGUCACCACCAGCACCAGCAGGACCGUUUCGAGGUCAUCUCGGACUCGCCGGAGGCCUGCAGCCGCAGCAGCGACGACGAGCCGCGGUCCGCCACGCCGCCGCCGCCGCCAGCGCAGCGGCGGCACCUCGACAUCGACCUCAACCUGUCCAUCAGCCUGGCGCCCUACCAGCCGCCGGAGGAGUCCACCAGCAGCAAGCCACCGAAGCAGGAAGCCGCGGCGGCGACGACGGCAGGCCAAAACAACGCGACGGCGGCGGUGUGCCUGUGCCUGAACAGCCUGGGCUACCGGCCGGGCGUCGAGUGCGUCUGCGGCGGCGCCGCCGCCUCCAGGCAGCAGGAGCAAUGGGCUCGGAAUUUUUUACAGGCGGCUCCCUGCUACAGAGGCCAAUAGUGUAAGAGUGAUCGCCUGAUCGGUGACGACAUGAGGGGGUGGUUUAUUGAGGGACGGGGGCAGAUUAUAGUUAAUUAACUAGUAGUAAAAGCCACACAUGCUUAGCGGCUGCAGCUCCCUGUAACAUGCAGCAUGGAUUCAUGGUUUAUGAGGAAUUGUGCUCUCGUUUUGUCGC